AUGUGUAGCAAGACGGCUGAGCACAUGCAAUGGCAUAAUUCUACACCUGCAAGAGAUGGAUUACUGAGACAUCCAAGGGACGGUGAAGCAUGGAAGAAUUUUAAUGCGAUGCACACACUAUUUGCCGAAGAGCCACGAAAUGUUCGCCUAGGUCUUGCAACUGAUGGUUUUAAUCCCUUCGGAGCCUUGAGUUCUACUAAUAGCGUUUGGCCUGUGUUCUUGAUUCCAUACAAUCUUCCACCUUGGAUGUGUAUGAAUCACACUUCUUUCAUCUUAUCAAUGGUUAUUCCAGGAAAGAAGUCCCCGGGAAAUAAGAUAGAUGUGUACUUGCAGCCCCUUAUAAAUGAAUUGAAAGAUUUAUGGAUUGAUGGUGUGGAGACAUUUGACUCAUCAUCCGGAAACACAUUUAGAAUGCAUGCAGCUCUUAUGUGGACAAUAAGUGAUUUUCCUGGGUUAGGUAUGCUAUUUGGUUGGAACACACACACCGGUUUAGCUUGUCCCACUUGUAACUUUGAUUCUUUUCCUUGUUAUCUCCGUCAUAGUUCUAAAUGGUGCUUCAUGGGUCAUAGACGUUUUUUGGGAAGAAAUCAUAGAUUUAGACUGAAUCGUGUUCGUUUUGACGGAAGCACAGAGGAGCGUGGUCCACCUAAGAAGUUAUUAGGUUCUGACAUUCUUGAACAACAACAGGAUGUUGAAACACGAGAUCAGCAACGAGAAGAAUCUCGUAGUGGUGGGAAAAGACCUCGACGAGAAGUUAAGCAGUGGAACAAGCGAAGCAUUUUCUUUGAUCUUCCGUACUGGAAAACCAAUUUGUUGCGUCACAAUCUGGACUUUAUGCACAUUGAGAAGAAUGUGUGUGAUAACAUUUUGUACACUUUGCUUAAUGACAAAGCAAAAUCAAAGGACAAUCUCAAGGCACGGAAAGAUUUGAAAGAAAUGGGCAUAAGGCGUGAUCUCUGGCCAAGUGACAAUGGAUCAUAUCAUUUAUCUUUAUUUUCACUAACACGUGACACCAAGAAGCUAUUUCUUUCGGCAUUGAAGAAUGUUGUGCUACCAGAUGGAUACUCAAGUAAUAUUUCGAGAUGUGUGGAUGAAGGACAGAAAAAAAUUUUUGGAUUAAAAAGUCAUGACUGUCAUAUUCUUUUGGAGGAAUUGUUACCAAUAGCAGUUCGUCAUUUGCUGCCGGAUCAUGUUACUGCAGUAUUGGCUGAGUUUGGCUCAUUCUUUAAGAUCCUUUGUGGGAAAAGCUUAAGUAACUCUGAACUUGACAAGCUCCAACAACGCAUAGUGGUCAUCCUUUGCCAGUUGGAAAUGUUAUUCCCUCCAUCAUUCUUUACCGUCAUGGUUCACUUGACAGUCCAUCUAGUAGAUGAAGCAAAGCUCGGAGGUCCAGUGCAUUAUCGAUACAUGUAUCCAAUUGAGAGGGAGUUAGGCCAUCUAAAAUCCCAUGUGCGGAAUAGAGCACAAGCAGAAGCAUCUAUUGCCGAAGGAUAUUUAGCUGAGGAAUGUCUCACUUUUUGUUCUCGCUAUUUUGAAGAUAUAGAGACAAGGUUCAAUAGAGCUAGACGUGUAUGUGAUGACCCGCUUGACAAGGGAUGCUCAGAAUCUUGUCUCUUUCCGCCGGUGGGUAAAGCAGGGAGUUCUGGUACAAUUUUUACGUUGAAUGAAAAGCAAAAGCUACAAGCCCAUAGAUAUGUGUUACUAAAUUGUCCAGCCGUCAAGGAUUAUGUGAAUGAAUUUAGAGAAUACAUAAGAAGAAGUUCAAAGGGAAGGAGACCGAACCCCACAGACAUAGAGAAGAGAGUAUUUAAGGAAUUUGUUUCGUGGUUUGAAAAACGAAUAAUGAACCCGGAUACCAUAGAACAGUUGUCUACUGACAUAAAAUUUUUAGCACGAGGCCCCUUAUCAAAUGCAACGAGAUAUAGUGCUUAUAAAAUAAAUGGUUGCACAUUUCGAACUAUUGCUUGUGAAGAAGGUUUGAGGACACAGAAUAGUGGAGUAUAUUUAACCUCUAGCACACCAUGUGUUGCAAGUCGAGUUGACAAAAAUUUAAGACAAGGUGAUGUACCCUAUUAUGGCAAGUUGGAGGAUAUAAUUGAGGUUAGCUAUUAUGGGCGAUUCACUGUUGUUCUCUUCAAAUGUAAAUGGGCUGAUUCCACUCGACAUAGAGGAUAUAGAAGAGAUCAAUGGCAUUUUCAUUGUGUUAACUUUGAAAGACCAAUUCAUACCGGUGAACAUGAAGAGGAUGAGCCUUAUAUUCUAGCGUCACAAGCAUCAAUGGUAUACUAUGUAGAUGAUGUCGUUAACAAAGGAUGGAGUAUUGUUGUUCAUUUAAAACCAAGAGAUUUGUAUGAAAUGGGUGAUGAAAUUGAAGAGGCUGCAGAUGAGGACGAGCCACAUCAAGAGCAAGCUCUUGAUCAAUAUUUUGGUAACAGUGAUGAAUACAUUCAAUUGGCAACAAACCACUUGAUCGAUGACGUAGUUUACUCAUAA